AUGACAGAACCAAUUAAACAAACAUCAAGUACAGAUAUAAAGGAUAUAGACUUUAAGAACAAUGCAAUUUCAUUGUACAAGGAUCUAUUGUCUGUACCUAGUAUUGCCAAUGCAGUCAUUACAAACAAGGAUAGUUUGGAUGGUGGUGAUGUCAAUAUCUCCAUCGUAGUGUCACAGAGUGAUCUAGUCAAUAAAAAGGAAAAGUCAUACAUGUUUAACAGAAUCGUCGGUGCAGAUGGUCAUGUACAUAGUAGUCCAUUCCCAAUUGAAUUGACCUCUUCCAUUGUAUCAAUCUCUCCAUCUGGUAGAAGGAUGGUUACCAUCAAAGAAAUUGGUGAAACAGAGUAUACUUUUGAUAUCGUUGAUCAACACAAUAGAACUGGUUUCAUCAGCUCAAAAGAAGUUCAUAAAAAAGUUUGUAAUGAUGAAUGGUUUGGAGGUAUUUCAUGGUCUCCAUGUGAAAGAUAUAUUGCUUAUAUUGCAGAAAAAAAGGUUGAUACUGCUACUUUUUAUGAAAAGGAACCAAAGGAUAAACUUGUUGGAGAUCAAUUCCUUUAUAGAAAUGAUUGGGGAGAAACAUAUCCAACCAUUUAUAAUCCAUCCAUUUAUGUUGUUGAUACAUUAAAUGAAACUGUUAUUCCUAUUCCAUGGUCGAUGGAUUUGGCUUUGACUGCAGGUCAAGUUAUUUGGACUCCAAAUGGUGAUGGUUUAGUUUUUGUUGGUUGGAAAAUUAAUCUUAGAAGAUUUGGUAUUAGAGCUUGUUUUAAUAGACAAUCAUCAAUUUAUUAUAUUGAUUUCCAAUCAUUAUUAAAAAAGAGAGAAACUUUACCAGCUGAUCAAAUUAAAACUAUCAAUUUACAACCAAUUAAUUUACUUGGUGGUGAUAGAAAGGGAUGUUUUAGAUCACCAAGAUUUACAGUUGAUGGAAAAAAGAUUGUAUUCUUUGGUAUUCCAGGUAUUGUUUUACCACACAAUACUUGCUCAUUACUUUAUUCUUUGGUAUGGAAUGUUGACCAAGUACAACAAGACAAACCCCAAAAGGUUGAAAUCUUAAUAGAUGAAAAGAAUCACAAAGAUACAUUCAAAGGAAUUUACUGUCAAUCACUUCCAUCUAAUCCAUGGAUUGAUCAAAAUACUUUAAUCUUCCAUACUCCAAACAAAGCUUGUCAAGUAAUUUAUUCAUUUAAUAUUAUAACAAAAGAAUUAAAUACAAUUCAAGGAUUACUUGGUGGUAGUUGUACAGUUUUUGAUGUUUCAUUAAAAACUAAACAAUUUAUCUUUUCAGAAUCAACUAUUAAUAGACCUGCUUCUUUGUUUAUAGGAAAAUUAAAAGAUAAUGAUAAAUCAAUUACACAAUCAAAUUUGGAAUUUAAACAAUUCUUUGAAAACAAGAUAACCAAUGAAAAGGUUGUUAAAUUGUUGACAUCUAUUGAUUUCUCUAUCCAAGAGGUAAAGAUACCAGGAGAAAAGUAUGGUAGCGAUAUUGACAGCUUUGAAAUCAUCCAAGUGAUGCCAAAGAACCCCAAGUCGGGCAAGUCUCCAGUCUUGUUGUAUCCACAUGGUGGUCCACACGUCGAGUCGGCCAACGAGUACCUCUCGACGGUGAUCUUUUUGGUUGGAUUGGGAUAUGCCAUCACAUUGAUCAAUUACCGUGGAUCGACAGGUUACGGAAAAGAUUUUGUCGAUCUUUUACCAGGUCGUAUUGGAACGGUCGAUGUAGACGAUUGUUUGGCAGCACUCGACCACGUCGUCGCCAAGUACCCCAAUCAACUAGACAUUGAUCAAGCCGGUGUGAUUGGUGGCAGUCAUGGUGGAUUCUUGAGUGGUCACUUGAUUGGACAAACUCAACGCAAGAUGAAGGCAUGCUUUAUGAGAAACCCAGUCAUUGAUAUCCCAUCAAUGGCAACACUCUCUGAUAUCCCAGACUGGUGUUUCUUUGAGGCUGGUAUCCCAUUGCCAGCUGGCAAGGAGGUCUACCCCACCGUACCGACCCUCGCAGAGAUUGAGAUUAUGCGCAAGGUAUCACCUAUUGCCAAGCUCGAGCACAUGACCACACCCACACUCUUGGUGCUCGGUGAAGGUGAUCUCAGAGUACCACCAUCACAAGGUCUCCUCCUCUACAACUCUCUUCUCCAAAAGGGCACCCCCACCAAAUGUCUCUCCUACCCCAAAACAGGUCACGGGCUAACCUCUAUCGAUGCCAAAAUAGAUCAUUGGAUUCAUAUCGCUUGUUGGAUGCAUCAAUACUUAUUUAUUGAAAAUCAACCUUUAAUUUAA